CCCUAGCUGCACUCUACCGCGGAGCCUUUAAGAGGCAGCGCGUGGGCUCCUGGGGGGGGAGUCGGCCUUUGGGCCACGGCGCGGCGGCAGACCCACAGCUCCCAGCGUGCCCUGCGGCGGAACCCGACCACAGCGCUGGCGCUCUCUGGAGGGUCCCGGCGGGACGGGCAAGUGACCGCUAUGCUGGUAGCGGCAGCCGCAGAGCGAAACAAGGAGCCCAUCCUGAGCGUUCUCCAGCAGUACGUGGAUCCGGCCCAGCGCGGCGUCCGUGUGCUCGAGGUGGCCUCGGGCUCCGGGCAGCACGCCGCACACUUUGCGCAGGCCUUCCCAUAUGCCGAGUGGCAGCCAUCCGACGUGGACCAGCGCUGCCUGGACAGCAUCGCAGCCACAACUCAGUCCUGGGGACUGUCAAAUGUGAAGGCCCCUCUGUACCUGGACGUGACCUGGGAGUGGCAGCGGUGGGGCGGCAUCCUGCCGCAGUCGCUGGACUUGCUGCUGUGCAUCAACAUGAUCCACAUCAGCCCCCUGAGUUGUACGGAGGGGCUCUUCAGAGGAGCAGGUCACCUGCUCAAGCCUAAGGCUGUGCUCAUCACCUAUGGGGCUAUGCCCACCCUGUCCCUGCAGCCCUACGCAGUCAAUGGGAAGAUCUCUCCCCAGAGCAACGUGGACUUUGACCUAACCCUCAGAUGCAGGAACCCAGAAUGGGGGCUUCGGGACACAGCUUUCUUGGAAGAUUUGGGCCAGGCCAGUGGCCUUGUCCUGGAGAAGAUGGUGGAUAUGCCAGCCAAUAACAAGUGCCUGAUUUUCCGGAAACAGUAGCCCCUUUUCUUCAGACUGGGUGCCUGCACCCCUGCCAAAGGUUCUGUUGGGCACAAUCCAGACCCUGGCUCCUGCCUCCCUGGGCCAGGCUUUGGGAAUGACCAGCCCCAUCUAGUCUGGCCUGUCAAGAGUCUGGACCCAGUCUGCCUUGGAAUAAAGUGUUGCUGUCCCCUU